AUGGCCUACAAUUACAGUGGUAGAGACUACGAGAUGUCUUCCAGCAGUAACACCCAACUGAACCAACUCAACCAUCCAUAUACUUCAGUAGACACUUCUCAAUCCCAAAGUGAGGACAAACCAACUACCUUUUACACACUUACUAACGCGUUUCUAGCUUCGCUCAAACCUAAGGCCCACCUUUCGACAGACUUAAACGGCCGAGGUCGGAAUAAACCAUGGAGACCUUUCACCUUACAACCGCCUGCUAUCAUGGCUUUCCUCCUCAUUACGAUUGCUCUGAUCGCACUUGUGGAAUAUAUCAACAAAGUCAGUCUCGAAGAGAAGGCAUUGGUCUUUGCGGAAAGAGUCGAGGACUUUUCAACCGGUGUGGUAUUUUGCUAUCGGUACCUGCCCCAGAUGAUAGUUGUCGCAUUGGGGGUGGGCUGGGCUGCGGUGGAUCUAGACGUGAAGCGACUGGAACCGUACUUUCAAUUAUCAAAGCCCGGGGGAGCAACUGCCGGAGACUCGAUAUUUCUUCACUAUCCUUAUGACUUCAUUGCCUUUGUGCCGGUGAAUGCUGCUAGAAAGGGGUGCGCCCCCGAUGCACAUCCACUCUAUUGGAGAUAUGCAUAAUUGACGACGUGUAGGCACUGGAACGUCUUUUGCGCCGGGUUGGCUUUGUGCUUGAUCUUCUGGGUCGUUACGCCGCUUAACAGUUCUCUCUUGACUACCCAGCCCGUGACACGGGAUAUAGAGACGGUAUUCAAGACUUGUCAAAAGCUCACCCCCUUCGAUGACCAAAGAGCAGCUAUGAGCGCCUCUUUCCUGUACACUAGCUAUGGUGUAACCUGGCUUGGGGAGAAGGUUCAUGCAUUCAUGACAAAGGAGCUCAUCGCCGUUCCGUUCAAGCCGGAAAACUACAGCGAAAGUCAGGAUUAUUUAACACGAGGCAGUGAAUCCUGGACUGCCCAGACAAAGGUAUACCAGACUGAGCUCACAUGCACUCCUGCCGAGAUAGAGGCUCUCAAGGGAAAUAUGUAUAGCUUUAACACGGACAAAUGUACAUACACCAUCGACCCUCUCUAUAACCCCAACGGAACCCGGAACAUGAUGUACAUUGGGUUUGCCAACGACGAUGGUACUGGGCAUUACUACCUGCCUAAAUUAACGUGCAAGGACCCGAACUUGUUCCUCGCGAUCUGGGCCAAAUCACACAACGCUAAUAACAGAAGCGAUGAACUCGAUCUAAAUGCUCUCUACUGUAAGCCGAACUACCACUAUCAGACCAAUGAAGUCACAGUGGAGGGGGCCGACGGUUCUAUCCUGAAUGCUGUUCCUUAUGGGGAGCGAACGAGUUUCACCCAGGACGACAAAAUUAUCGACAUCAUAGUAUUUGAGGGGAAUGUGGGCGCAGCUGCUACAGCCUCCGGAGUAAAUGCGAAGCAUUUCGCACCCGAAUCUCCGGAUUCUGUGUUGAGGUUUGAGAGAUGGGACCUUGAUAACCCGACCGGGCAAAUUUCGUACGUCAUAGGAUUAUCUCCGGGGAAGGAAUUUGAUGAUUUUAAGACCCCGAGGUUUUCAGGACUGGGCUAGAAAGGAUGCACAAGUUGCUUUUCAACAGCGCCCUGGAAACAUUGCUUGUGCCCGAUCCUAGUGGAGAGGAAGUUGUGGGAAAUAGGCUUGUUCGGAGUCUAGGGAUUGUUGUUGUCCCCGUAAUUGCUCACAUUCUGGCUGGUUUUCUGGGAGCAGCUGUUGUCUGCCUCGGUGGGGUGUUGCUCAUCUCUUAUAGUAGACAGAAUAAUUUGGCUAGUGACCCGGAUGCCCUGGGAGCCAAGAUGGCAUUGGUUGCGCGCAGUGAGACGCUGCUGAGAGAUUUCGACGGCGCAGAUGAGUGCCCAGCUCCUCAUUUGUGCCUGGAGCAGAGGAGAUAUGAACUUGCAACUAGGCGAGACGAGGGUGGAUACCGGUUGGAUGUUGUGGGCCGGAGUGAUAAUCCCCCGGUCAAAUCCCCGCACUCUUCUUGCACUACUCCCCACGAUGGCAAAUUGGUCGGCCCAGUUGGAUUGAGCAUCUGGACGGGGCUUGCGGUGACUGUUGUGAACGCUGCUUUGCUGGUGUUGCUCAUUGCCCUCUAUAGGUCCGCUUCACGGUGGAAUGGUGAGACUCGACUAAACUGGUCCAAGAUCACUCGGAUUUGCUAACAUGCUGAUUAGGCCUACCAGUGCUCUCUGACACACAACUCAUGACUCAGGUCAUCUUCUCUUUCAUUCCAACGGUCAUUGCCACGCUUCUGGAGCCGUUCUGGGUGUUGGUUGGACGGUACCUCGCGCUCUAUCAGCCAUACACCGAGCUUCAGAGAGGGAAUGCACCCCCGGGUUCCUCUCUGGGUCUUAAAUACACAAACACCCCCCCUGUACUCAUCGCCCCACGUGCACUCCGUCGUGGCCAUAUUAAUCUCUCCCUAGCGUCUAUGAUGGUCAUCGUAGCUAACUUCCUCGCUGUGGUGCUUGGUGGUAUCUUUAAUCGGAGUUUCAAACCAAUAACCUCCGACUUAAUUGUCGAGCACCCGUUCAUGACUAGCAUCAAUACAGAGAUCCAGAUGGAGAAGCAAAGGCAGAGAGCUGUGUCAGGGACAUUCGCGCAGGAUACCACUGAACAUUGGCUAGUUGUUAACACCAACGUCAUUGAAGGCACAGAAUUGCCGGCAUGGGUCACAGAGGAAUUCUACUUUCUCCCAUUCAGGUGGGACAAUCCAGGAAAUAAAUCCGACUUGAGGACUUCGGCAACCAAAGGAUAUGGCGGGAAUUUGACAUGCCAGUUACUGGCGGGCGACACUUUUCAACAAGUUAGUGGGAUGGACGGAGGAAAAAGUGGUGCGCCUACGAUAGGAAUCAAUCUCACGAUGCCACUAUCAGAAAAUAGCUCCGUGCAUUGCGGCAACAAUAAAACAAUAGAUACCCAGCUGCUGAAGCCGGGAACUCACCCCUUCGCAGUGGAGUGGGUCUGGGGCCUCGAAGCCCCCGGUGAAAGUGGCGAAAAAGCUGUGGAAGCCUGCAGCAGUCUAAUACUCGCCGGCUGGGGCCGCGGCGAGGCAAAUCGUUCACUGGAGGGACAGGACGGGCGCAUCCCUGCAGGUGUCUCCGCAACUAUACGAUCCAACACAACAAUAAUCUGUAGCCAGAAAAUCUCCACAGGCGAGUUUUCUGUGACAGUUGACGGCGAAGGCCGUGUGAAAAGAUCCAAACUCGUCGGAGAGCUCAGAUACAAUGACCCAGGGAUCUUCAACCUCUCCACCACAGUCGGGAACUUUACAGCGCAGCUAGCAACGCUCUUCCGCGCGCCCCCCAGAAAAGCAAAAGACUUUGGCAUCAUGCACAACGACAACUCAUCCCAUAGUUUCUCGCAGUUCAUCGGCGAGUCUCUGAUUGGUAAGACGCUCUCCGACCCCACAACCCCAUCGCCGGAUUUCGAGGAUGCGCAGCGCGCGUUGUCGAAGUUCUACAAACGCUUCAUCACAAUCCUGUUCUCCCAGAACCGGGAUCAGAUAUUCGCACCCGCGGUCGGAACGCCCAGGGCCGAACUCGGACUCCAGUCCCUGAAGCCGCGGAUUUCCAUGGACCCGGUGAUGUUCUACGCCGCCGUGUUCAUACUGGGAUUCCAACUUAUUUCCGGAAUUAUAAUCUUUUCUUCGAGGCCUAGACGCAUCCUGCCUCGGUUCCCGGAUACCCUCGCCUCCGAGAUUGGUUUCUUCCACGCCAGUAGUGCUAUGUCCGACGUUGCCGGAACGGCGGGCAUGAGUUCUGCAAUGCGCAGAAGGCACCUGAUGAGAUUGGGGUGGACGUAUGGCUAUGGGAAGUUUAGGGGGUCGGAUGGGAAGGAGCAUGUUGGGAUCGAGAGGAUGAACCUGAUUAAGGAUUACAAGGAGGCGAUGAACAGGAGGGAGUAG